AUGUCGUCCAAGAAGACCGUCCGUCCUCCGUAUCCCCUACCUACCAAGUUCCCAACACCACUUGAACAGGCAUCUUAUAAGACUUAUAAUUGGUUCGAAAACCGUCUUUGGCCUGUGAAACCUCUUCCAUUCGUCGCCACUACCGUGGCCCUUGCUGCCACUCUCCACUACAAAUAUCCAGAAAAUGCGAUUCUUGACGUCCUCCCAAAGUUCUCUUCUGAAGCUGCUGAAAUUGCCAAAACAGCGUUAGUGUCUGCAAUUGGAACCUACGCAGGAGUAUUCACACUUCGAAAACUUCUCAAGUAUUUCUACUUCUCCUACAAGGGAUUCCUGUUUGACAACCCAAAGAAGCCGUCUCUCAAAACUAAAAUUUGGGGUAUCGUUCGUCACAUUCUCUCGAUUUCUCCACCAAUCCUGGAAUCAUGUGAUACUCUUCUCCCAAAUCUUCCAGUACCUGCACUCAAGGAUACCAUCUCCGAGUAUCUUGACUCAAUGAGACAUAUUCUUUCUGAUCAGGAACUUGAGACAAUUACUAAACAGGCUCAAGAUUUCUUGGAGAAUGAAGGAAAGACACUUCAGAGAUACACAAAUCUCUAUUCCCUUUUCACUGACAACUACGUCACCUCAUUCUGGCAGAAAUAUGCGUAUCUUCAUGGAAGAUAUCCACUUCUUAUUAAUAGCAGUGUUGCUCAUUGUGAUCUGCUGAAAGACAAAGAUGCCACCAGAGCUCACCGAGCCGCUCGUGUCACCUGGAUUGAGGUUAUGUCUCAUCUUGCAGUGGAUCGCCAACAAUACAAACCUCUCGGUGAUGGAUUGGUGUGUACUAGACACUACAAGAAUAUGUAUGCAGUGACAAGAGUGCCAGGAGAAGAGAUUGAUCAAUUGAAACUUCAUGGAGUACAGAAGCAUAUUGUGGUGGUGUUACGUGGAAAGUAUUAUAAGAUUCAUGUGGUGGAUGACAAGAAUAACAUUUAUAAUAUUGAACAGUUGACUAAAAUCUUCCACGAAAUGAUUUCACGUGAUGAGAAAGAUGAUGGAGUCAUUGGAAAAGUUGCUGCAUUGACUCAUGAUUCGAGAGAUUCAUGGUGCAAGAAUCGUAAAAAAUACUUCCUUGAAAACGAGACAAAUUUUAAAAUUCUCCAAGAAAUCGAAAGUGCAGUGUUCUUUUUGACUCUUGAUGAAGAUGAUGACUAUGGUUAUGACCCCGAGAGACCAGAAGUUCUCAACAACUUCCUGUCCAACACACUUUCUGGAGAUGGAGCUAAUCGAUGGGUGGACAAGUCUCUCAACUACAUUUGCUCGAAGAAUGCUCGUUGCGGAGGAACUACAGAACAUUCUAUUGCUGAUGGAGCAGAGUUUGAUCAUAUUAUGGAGAACUUUGUGUAUGUUGAUUUGGAGAUUUUGAAGUAUCAAUCUGUGGAAGAGCAAGAGAAAAUGGCUAUCAUAAAGAAUGAUGAGGGAAAAACUUUGAAGCUCGCAACUCCGUUGAACUUUGAAGUUCCAGAUGAGGAGAUGCUCACUGAAAUCACUCGAUGCUACGAAGCUCAUCAAGUCUCUAAGAAUGAUCUCGAUCUCUUUGCUUUGGCAUUCCGUGACUUUGGAAAAGGACGCAUAAAGAAGUGCGGAGUCUCUCCAGAUGCAUUCAUCCAAAUGGCUAUCCAGCUGGCAAAUUAUAGAGAUCAAGGAAAGUUUGUGCUCACUUACGAGCCAGCUUCUGCUCGAUUCUUUGCAAAUUCAAGAACUGAAACAUUGAGAACAGUCAAUGAUCAUUCAUGUGCAUUUGUUGAGGCAAUGUUGAAUGAAAAUGAAUCUAAAGACGCAAAAAUUGCUCUGUUGAAAAAAGCAUGUGAAACUCAUGUUCUCCGGAAUAAGAAGUGUAUGGUUGGACAAGGAGUCGAUCGUCAUCUCUUCGUUCUUUAUAUUCUCUCACAAGGAACUGGAACUCCAAGUCCAUUCCUAGACAACUACAUCUCACAGAAAUGGAAGCUCUCCACUUCUCAUGUUCCAAAUGUAACAAACCAAUGCGAUGAGGACACUGAUCCAAAUAACACUUGGCUUGGAGCUUGCUUCGGAGCAGUGGCAGCUGAUGGAUACGGUAUCUGUUAUCGUUUCGGUGGAAACCACGGAAUCUUUGCUAACAUCACCAGCUACCGUUCGGCAGCCAAUACCGAUUCAACAAGAUUUGCGAAGCUUCUUGCUGAAUCUUUCCAUGAACUCUCCAAUCUUUUUGUUUAA